UAGAUUACUUUUGUGUUAAAUUGAAUUGAGCUUGGAAGUUCCAAGAACAUACCGGCCUCGUCUGAUGUGCCUUUGAAGCACGUCGCGGAUACGGCUUGUUCCUUGUUCCUUUUGCACAUUGGCGGAGAAGAAACGCCCCUUCGAACCGAAGCCUUCGCUUCGAUCCCCCUAUACGUUCGCCAUGGCUCGAGACAUACGCCAGAGGGCUCUCGAGAAGAUCGCGGCCCUCUCUGCCACCAGCACAACCACCUCCUUUGACAAGUCCGACCUGGGAAGACUGUGCAGAGCUGCCCCCAGCCAUGGAAAGUCCCAUGAGACGGCCAACGGCUACCGUACCAGCCAAAUGCCCACUGUUGGACGUGUCCCAAUGACAAUUCGGGAAUUCGAGGUCCUACUGGCCCUUUGCAAAGCUGCGCCGAUCGUACAGUCUGUCCAGAGUGCCGAGAAGCUCGCGAGACAACUUAUACCGUACCUGCUGGAGUCGCACAACCAGGUCUUCUUGCCGUCGCCCUUUUUCCGAAAGAUCCAACCAUCCCCGACCGAAUCUCUAAGUCGCCACAUUACCGCUGCUCUUCUUUCGCUUGGAAUACGCCAUCACGACGUGCAUCAGACUGUGUCUGACAGCAUCUGGGCCUUUCUCAAUGCCUGCGCGCAUGCUUCAGAAGCAGCCGUCUCGCAGGUCAGCGAGGACGAACCGGCAGCUUUGGAUGAUGCCAUAAGCACUGCAACCAUCACCAUUGCUCUGCUCGGUUUCCUCGACGCUGCUUCUGCCCAGGCGGAUUUCUGGAGGGCCGGAGGCCGCCUGGCUCUGAUCCAGUGGUUCAGAGACCUUCUCUCCGAGCCAUUCUUGGUCGCUGUUGAGACAGCCUUCUCCACGAUCCGAAACUCCCGCUCGGCCGACCGCCACGUGAGGGAGUGGAAGAGAUACCUGCGUCAUUACUCGGCCAUUGGGCGCCCUCUUGGCGCAAUGCUGCUCCAGCAGAGUUUCACGUGGCUGCUCGUGGCUGCCACCUCUCUUUUGGUUGCAGAGGCCGAUGCUCUACGACGCUCAAACGUCCUGGACAUCCUCAUGUCCGGUGAAGGCCUAUUAAGGUCACUCACAGCCAAGAGUGGAGAUGCCGACUUCCGAUCUGUCGAGAUAUACGCUACCAUCGUUCUUGACCAGAUGAAUCACCUUGAAUCCAGUGCGGACUUUGUUCGACUUGGAUCCUCUGCUCAACAGAAACUAGCCUGCAGCGUGAAGUCAUCGGCUUUAAUCAGCUACCUGAACUGCUCGAGGCUCAACCAGGACGCUGCCGAUGCCGACCUCCUCAUGUCGUGGCUCGAGGACACGCUUUCUGACCCUCCCAGCAUGGCCGACGAAGAUUUGGGUGCAACAGUUCUCAAGUCAAUGGCGCUGCUUUGUAGGGUCUCGCCGACUUUCUCUGCCAGCGUUAGCCGGCUCCUACCGCGUUUCAUCGUCCAAAGCGGUGCCAGGCGUCAAGCGGUAGUGGCCGCCUCCAAAUGCUUAGCCUUCGUCCUACGGAUGCUCUCGACUGAUGCGGUCAUCACUACCUUGUACACCCUUGGCAAUGUCCUCAGCCCCGGUGGCGAGCGGACACUCACGAACGGUGUACAUGCAGAAUUGACGGAUGGCUCCGGGGCCCAAAUCUACCCGGGAAGGCAUUCCACGGGGAGCUCCAUUUCGUUGCGAAUUUCCGGCGACGAAGAGACCGUCAUCGUGUACGGCAAUGUGAUAGAGGCCAUCUGUGAGAUCGCAAGCGUCUUCAAUGAUGAAAAGAUCACAGCCCUUGCCCAAUCCAUGCUCUUGCAGAAGAUCGACAAGGUGACGAGUUCUGCGGAUGCUCGAAUUAUCACCGGAGCCGCCACCUUGGCACUGAGGGGUGGCCAACUCGAGUUCCGUUCCCUGCUGAAGAUGUACGGCAGGCUGGCCCACCUCGCCGUGGUGGAAAAUAGGGAUGGUAUUCUGGCAGCUGUCCUAAAAGCGAGAAACCACAUCUCUGCCAAUGUCCGGCGAGACUCUCCCUUGUACGAGAUUUACUGGGAGCACAUGUUGGACAGCAUCAUUUCCAAAGGCGAGGCUCAAAGCUAUCAGUCUCACUACACGGAUUCCGAUGUUGAGCUCGCUGCCCGAGAGAUGGCUCAGCUUCUUCAGCCUCUUGCUAUCUUCAUGUCAACCAACGAUCUGGCCUCGGAUGACAGCACUGAUGAUGAUACCCAUGCGAUGCUUCGCGACGCGUGGUUUACCAUCGUCAUCCACGGCUUCACCCCGUCUACCCCACGGGGCAAGAAGUACAUCAACGAGCUUCGCAUCAUGGCUAUUCACUCUCCGCCUCUGGUCUUCGAAGACCGUGGAGAGCAAGACGAAAGUGAUGUCGAGCUGAACACUGUCCUCCGCAGGGGCAUGAGCUCCGAGCGCGAAGCCGUGCUGAAGAAGCAAAUGGUCGAGCUGAUCCCCUCGAGGACGGACGAUAUCAGGGGACUGAGCUACCGCAGGCUCAUCUUUUUGCAAGCUGUCUAUCUGGUCGAGGGCCUGCGAGCGGACGCCGGGGACUGCACCAAAGCAUUGUCAUAUUUCCUGGAACCCAGCAUGCGCCGAAGUGAAGUCAGCCGCACCAUGGAGGGCGUCAUGAACGCUGUCAUGGAUAAGUAUCUGAAGAAGACGAUCAGUACGGCAAACCCGACAUUUUCAGCCCAAUAUGCAUCAAGCCAGCUUGCCACCAUCUUCUGCAACUGCUGCCACCGCAUCGAAAGGGUCCAGCAGGCAGCCUUUACCUGCGCUGACCGCAUCCUCAGGGACGUUCCCUCGGCCCUGUGCCACAGGUCGUCGUUGUUCGCUCUGCUCGACUUGCUCUCGCUGCUCUGGACAAGCUGCCUGGAGGCAGAGACAGAUCUGUACGAGCCAAGGACCAGUUUCAAGUCGGCACGGAGCAAUGUCAGUGUUGAGCUCUCGGAUGAUUACGCCUUCCGGCGCUUCACUCUUCAAAACCUGCACAGAAAGGCAAAGUCGUGGCUUGCCACCGCUGUCAGUCUCGCUCCUGCCGAUGUAAAGGGGCUCCUCCAGACGUACCUGUCCGAGUUUGACGACGACGGUGCCUACGGCCACGUCUCUCUGGGUCGGUCUUUCGCAGUAGACAUCGGCUCUACUAUUCCGUCGACGGAUCAGAGGCUGCAAUCACUCGGGAAUGUCGGGGACUGCCAUAUCAACACUGCCUCGGAUUUCAUCGCGCAGUACACCACUCGCCAGGAAUACCGCUACACCGAGGCCUUGCCUGAUCACAGCUUGGAAUGGCUCAAUUUCAUGCGCCCAAACCGGCGAGCAUCUUUCCUCCCGGUUGCCGGCGAUGAAAGUGCUGAUGCGGUGACUGCACUGGCUCACAUUGAGCGGCGGAUUCUGUCCAAGAAGCCAACCCCGUUGGCCGAUGUUCGAGACAUCCUGCGCCGAGCAGCUGCUCUUCUGUGCCGCAGUGACAAAGAUGAAUGCUCAGUUGUGCAUUACCUCGUCAGCAUCCCAUUUGCCAUGUUUACGAAACAGUCAAUCAAGCUUGGUGUCUCGCUCUGGCUCGGUGUCAUGCACGAGAACCAGAGGAUAGAGCCCCGUAUCCUGACCGAGGUUGCCCAGCAAUGGGAGUUCAGCAUGCAAAAGAGGCUCGGGCUGUUCAAUGCUUCAAUUACGAGUCCCGAUCCGUUCUUCUUGAAGGGGGAGUUUGCGCCAAGUGACAUUCCUGCUCUUACGAAGCAUAGGCAGCAUGUUCAUGACCUCCUUGCUCCUCACACUAGGGUCAUGCAGUUCUUGGCAAGCCAUUAUAACGCGACCCUUUUUGGCAACCCAGAUUCGCAACAGAUAUUCUUGCGUCUUCUCGAUGUCACCUUGGACGGGGUGAAGCAUGCCACAACGCACCCGAUGGCCAGGGAAAUCAGGUUCCAAAUUGUGCUCUUCGGCCUGAAGGUCCUGAAGGCAAGUGCCACCAUCGGAGCCGUCGUCCAGUGGCGUCUCAAGGACAGUAUUCUUUCCGCUGCUCUCAGCUGGUUUAGCGCGGCACCACGGUGGUCCUUUGGUAGCAACAUACUGCAAAUCAAGACCGAGAUACGGCUGCUGUCAGAUGUUAUAGCGGCUCUCAAAGCAGUGGCCGUUAUCGGGGCGAGUCCUGUCGGCAACCUGAAAUCGCUUCAGCCCAGGGAACAACUUCUCCUCUUGCUGCUUGAGAACGAGCAGGCGAGGCUGUCGGUCUGGGUUCAUCCCCUGGCCGAACCCGCAACAUCCCAGACAGCGGCUCACCAUCCAAACAGAGCUAUGACCGAGGCUGCUCUAGUCCCACUUGUUCGGACGGCUUGGGCCGAAAGCCCGUCACUAGCUAUACAGCUAACGUCGCGGUUCCAGUACCCACGAAUCCAUCAGGAGGUUCGUUGGCUGCUGCUUAAUUUCCCCGCGAAUGCAGUCUCUGAACCCGAGGCCCUGCUUGUCCUCCUUGGCGACUCGCUGCCUGCAGAUGUCAGCUUCCAACUCAAGCACCUCCUUUAUUGGGCUCCUGUCAACCCUGUUACUGCCACCACACUCUUCCUCCCGCCUUAUCAGAAUCAUCCUUCCCUUAUCCAGUACGCGAUGAGGGCUCUGGAGAGCCACUCGGUCGAUGUCACUUUCUUCUACGUCCCCCAAAUCGUCCAGGCUCUUCGCUACGAUGCCCUAGGAUACGUCGAGCGCUACAUCAUAGAGACAGCCCAGUUCUCCCAGCUCUUCGCCCACCAGAUCGUCUGGAAUAUGAAGGCAAACUCGUACAAAGAUGACGACGCCCAAGUUCCCGAUGCGAUCAAACCAACCCUUGACCAUGUAAUGGGUCGCAUGGUUGAGGGCUUCUCUCAGGUCGACCGGCAGUUCUAUGAACGCGAGUUCAAGUUCUUUGACGAGGUCACCGGGAUUUCAGGAAAGCUGAAGCCGCUGAUCAAGAAAUCCAAACCAGAGAAGAAACAGAAGAUCGAGGAGGAGCUACGAAACAUCAAGCUCGAAGUCGGAGUCUACCUGCCAAGCAACCCCGACGGCGUGGUCAUCGGAAUCGACCGCAAGUCCGGCAAGCCCCUUCAAAGCCAUGCCAAAGCCCCGUACAUGGCCACCUUCCGCAUCAGGAAGAACAAGGGCGGCAUCGAGGAAGCCGACGACAUGCUGGUCGAGACCAACAAGGAGAACGAGUUGCCGCAGGAGCACAUGGUCGAAGCCUGGCAGUCGGCCAUCUUCAAGGUCGGCGACGACUGUCGCCAGGACAUGCUGGCUCUCCAGAUGGUAGCCGCAUUCCGAGGCAUCUUCCACGACGUCGGAUUGGAUGUCUUCGUUUUCCCGUACCGCGUGACAGCCACGGGACCGGGAUGCGGCGUCAUCGACGUCUUGCCGAAUUCGAUAUCUCGAGACAUGCUCGGGCGCGAAGCCGUGAACGGGCUCCACGAGUAUUUCAUUUCCAAAUACGGGAACCAGGACUCGCUGCGCUACCAACAGGCCCGCAACAACUUCGUCAAGAGCAUGGCCGCCUACUCGGUCAUCUCCUUCCUCCUGCAGUUCAAGGACCGCCACAACGGCAACAUCAUGAUCGACGACGCCGGCCACAUCCUGCACAUCGACUUCGGCUUCUGCUUCGACAUCGCGCCCGGCGGCAUCAAGUUUGAGCGGGCGCCGUUCAAGCUCACGUCGGAGAUGCUCGCCGUCAUGGGCGGCAGCGCGGACCACCAGUCGUUCAAGUGGUUCGAGGAGAUGUGCAUCAAGGCCUUCCUCGCCUCGCGCCAGUACACGGAGAAACUAUCGCAGAUCGUGCUGCUCAUGAUGGACAGCGGGCUGCCGUGCUUCAAGCCCGAGAGCGUCAAGCACUUCAGGGAGCGGUUCGUGCCCGAGAAGAACGAGCGCGAGGCCGCCGACUUUAUGAGGGACCUCAUCAGGAAGAGCUAUGGCAGCUACUCGACGGGCCUUUACGACCAGUUCCAGCUGCUGACGAACGGUAUUCCAUACUAGAAGGGGUAGCCUGUUUUGGUAGCUGUCCUGGUGUAGAGCCCGGAUUGUAAAUGUUGUAAUCUAGAACUCUCUAUCUUGUAGCGGUAAGGCAGCUCCUUUUUUGGAAGCAGCCUGUAUUUCGUAUAGUUUUCGUAUAGUAAGACUUUUCUCGGUAGACUCAAGCCAGACUACCCAGUAUCAGAUCGA